AUGGAAGUCCUCUCAAAAUAUUCUUACACACCCCUCGACACCACCAAGCCUUCAAUUCGUCUCCUCCGUCUCCAGCGCAACGAACAAGGUUCAAUCAGCGGCUUGUUAGAAAGUUUUUCCCUUGAUGAUUCGGAGCGUCCAGUCUUUAGGACUUUGUCUUACGUUUGGGGCCCUAAAGUGUUUCCUCAUAACAUCUUUAUCAACGGGUAUCCGUUUCCUGUUUUGAGCAGUCUUCACCCAUUUUUAGAGAUCAUCUGUGAUGACGAAAAAUUAAAGCAAAGUUGGUGGUGGAUUGAUUCAAUUUGCAUUGAUCAAAAUGUGGGACCAAUUGCAGAAGUGGAGCGCAAUAUCCAGGUCGCUAUGAUGAGGAGAAUUUACGAGAAAUCAGAUAGGACUAUCGGCUGGCUCGGUCUGGGAGACGAGGAGGGCGAGCAAGCAAUCAAAUUUUUGAAGAUAUUAGCAAACCAAAAGAAAAGAUUAGAUUUGGUUCACCAAAGAAGACUAGCCGGUGACAAAAGAGCGAAAGAGGAAGAGCUAGGGAAUGAGUUGAGUGAUAGGAGCAAAUGGGCUGCAUUGGAAAAGUUAUUAUUGAGACCUUGGUGGACGAGAGUUUGGACACUUCAAGAGUAUCUUGUUCCACGAAAAUUCGUGUUUCAGUGCGGACAAGAGACCAUAGAUAGACGGAAAUUGACUACAGCAAUGAGUGCGAUAGGCUCAUGCAGGAGAAUUGAUGAGACAUUGCUGGCUCACAAAGCAUUCGAAGCUCCAUGGAUACGUCGUCGUGUAUUUCAUUGGUAUCAAAGAGGCGCUCCGAUACAAUUGAUAGGAUUGAUGGGAUACAUUUCGGAUUACAAAGCUUUGGAUCCUAGGGAUAGAGUUUAUUCUGUUCUCGGCUUGGCUGCGGAUCGAUUCUUGGCUGACCCGCCGAGAUAUCAAGAUAGCUUUGAAGUAGUUUACUCAAAUUUGUUCAAAAGUUUUGUUGAGAAACACAAGACUUUGGAUAUUAUCUGCUUCGUGGACCGGUUCCAUUGUUUAGAAUAUUCGCAUGGCCAGCCAAUACUUCCCUCUUGGGUGCCAGAUUGGAGAGCUGAUGUACAGCCAUGGAUGGUUCCUGCAAUAGCUGCUCAAAGUGGUGCAAAACACGUUGGAAACCUUCGUCCUAUAAUGUUCCGGUAUUCCAAGGGCAACAACUACGAUGUUUUUAUGGCUGGAAAGAGCAAUGUCCCUCUGGAAUACAAUUUCUCCACCGAUCUCCGGAUACUGACCUGCCAAGGAGUCUUCGUAGAUCUUGUCGACGGUAUUGGCGGCCUCAAGGUAGUCUACACAGACGAAGAUAAGACGAACGACGAACUCGCCGAGAUAUAUCAGAGCGUCGAGUCAACAAGCAUACAUGGAACAUCCAAAGCUUCUCAAAGCAACGCCGAGUUACUAACUCAAGCUGAAUUGGACCCUGAACAGGUAUCUAAAUACAUGGAUCACAUCUUUCGCUGCUUGAUGCUGAACCGGCAAGACCGAUAUCUUAGUCAGGACAUAUCAGCCGAAGAAUUUUCGUACCUAGAAUUCCAAGCAUUUUAUUUCGCGGCAAUGACAAGACCGGGUGAUGUACAUCCUCUGUUUCUCGAUUGGUUUGAACGCAAUCGGACACUCCGAAUCGGUUCCCACUCACUCGAGCAGAUAUGCAAAGCGACACCACUUCCGAAGCCUGAGCUCUCCACUGAUUAUGAUUUCAUGGAUAUCUCAACCAACGAACAAGGAUUUAUUUCUCGUCUCAGAGAUACCACCAAAUGGAUGGCGCGAAGACUUAUGACCACCAACCAAGGACUCAUUGGUAUGGUUCCGUGUCGAGCACGGAAAAGCGAUCAAGUUUGGAUCCUGCUUGGAUGUAGUAUUCCGUUAAUUUUGAGAAAGUGGGAGGAUAAUGAAGGCUAUCAAGUGAUUGGAGAAUGUUACCUCCAUGGAUAUAUGAGUGGCGAAAUUCAGGAAGAAGUCAAUAGUGGAAUCAGAAUGGUCGAGGAUAUAUGCUUGUUAUGA